AUUAGUGGAUUAAGCACUACUCCUGGUUCUGAUGCAAUAUUAAGGUCUAAAGCUGCAUCUAUGUUAGGAAAAUUAGGCAAGUAUUGGGAUCCAUUCGGGGAAAAAGUCAAGAUGAAUAAACUCAUCAUUGUAGCUGGUGUUCUUGACCCAACCAAGAAGAUGAAAUUUGUAACUAAAUGUUUUGAGAACUUGUACGAAAAAUAGAGUGUUGAGGCGACUCAGUUAACUAAAGAAACUGAAGACAUUUUGAGGAGUUUGUUCAAUGAGUACAACAACAGUUACAAUGCUAACAAGAAUGGUGGGUCAGGGUCUACUGCUGCGUCUGUUCGUAGUCAGUCUCAAGCUACCUCUUCUCAGUCUCAAGAUCAGUUUGUUUAAGAAGUAUCUCAGAGAAUAGUACUUGGAAAUGGUGUUGCAUAUGAGAGCAUGAAUGACAUCUAUGAUGAGCUUGGCCAAGAAGCUGGUUUUCAGGAAAAAACAAACGAGUUGGAUCUCUAUUUGAAAGAGAGUGUGGAGAAUCAUCAUGUGAUGAAUCGUACAGAGUAUGAUGUACUCUCUUGGUGGAGGAGAAAUAGUGGUAAGUAUCUGGUUCUAUCACUAUUAGCUAGAGAUGCAUUUGCAAUGCAAGUGAGUUAUGUUGCAUCUGAGUCUGCUUUUAGCACAAGUGGUCGAGUUUUGGAUCCAAGCAGAAGCUGCUUGACACAUUACAUGAUAAAAGUGUUAAUGUGCACUGAGCAAUGACUCAAAUCAAAUGCGAAAUUAAAGUCCGUGGCAGAGGAAUUAUAAGACAAGAACAACUAGUUAAGGAGGUGGAGACAGAAGAUGAUCUUAUGAGAGGUAAUUUCAAAUCUCUAUUACUCUUUUUUUCAAGUUUUAUUUAUGCUUGUUACUUGUGAUUACUAACCUUUAGUUGUUUCAUUUUUAUUAGAAAUUGAACCUGGUUUUAACUUCAGAAGUCUUUGACUUUGAGAUUUAGGAAUGAGUGAAGAAAUAGCAAUGGUAAGGUUGAUUUUUGGAACUCUUUGAUAUGAAUGUAAGUUUCAUAGUUCAUGUAUGAACUAUAUUAUAAUUCUUAAUGUUCGUACUUCUUAGUUUCAGAUGGUAGAGACUUAGAGUCUUGAGUUUGAGUUGGAGAAAACUUGAAUGUUAAUGAUCAAUGAAGUUGUCACCAGUCUCAGUCUGGUUUGUUUUUUUUCCUUUGGCUUUGGUUAUGUUUAUUGAACCUUUUUGUUUUCAGUUUGCGACGUUGUUGUUUGACUGUGUCAUGUUGGAUUGUGGAACAUGGAAGCUUUAAUUUGAUGUGUUUGAACAUUUAUUGAUAUUUUAGGUUUUGAAGUUUUGAUCUGUUGUUAAACAUGCUCAUUUGUCAAGUUCAGUUGUGGUAUAAUGUAGGUUUUAAAGUAGGUUAUGUCAUGGUUUAGUGCUUUAAUUUUUGGGUAACCCGAAGGACUCGACCCGAAGGACUCGACCCGAAAUUUUUUAAUUUUACUGAAAUCGAUGAAUUUUACCCAAAACCGACCUGAAACCUUUGGGAAUCGAAAAUAACAGGUUUUUAACGGUUCCUUGAGACUUUGACCCGAACCGACCCGACCUCGAUAAGACCUGAACCGACCCCGAACUGAUAAAUUCAAAUUACCCGAUUGGGUCCUAAACUUCAAGACCCGAAGGACCCGGACCCGAGAAGACCGACUCGAACCCGACCCGAGGACCCGAAUGUCCAGGGCUAUUAUUUCCAUUGGACUCAAACCGUGACUAGUGAGACUUUCUAAGCAAGGCGACCUAUAUACAUAGUACAUUGUCAAAUCUCAAGUGAAUAGAGUUCGUGAUACCUAUUACUAGUAGAUUGAAAUGAAAAUGUGUCAUGGAAAUAUGGAAUUUCUGGAUUUAAAUUGGUUACUGAUCAGUGGACCUUGUGACAUAGCCUGCGACAUAUACUCUCAAGUCAAUAUUUCUAUGUUUCAUAUUUAUAUAAUUCCUUGUAUCAUUCCGUUGUACUCAAACCGUGACUAGUAAGAUCUUGCAAGUAACAGAGCCUGGGCGAUACAUAGUACAGUGUCAAAGCCAACCAAACGUAUGAUUGAUUACAAGAAAUAUUUUGUAGACUCUAGAAAAAUUUCUAAAGUGGUCAAUGAAUUUCUUGUUAAUAUAAAGCAUUUGACAUCAAAAGAUCACCAUGUUUCGUUCUUUUGGUUUAAAUAAGCGAGUCUCUCAUAUGGAUUAGCAACUCAUAAUUACCGGAUCUACAAGAGGGCAUAAAAUCUUCGUGCUCGAUCGAGCUGUUUUCCUACGUCUUCCUGAAGAUAUAAAGUUCUUGAUAUGUUAGAAAAGCUAGCUCACUGAAAAAAGAUGAUAGGUGAUAAAAUUCGAAACCACAUCCAAAGACACCAGCGUUACUAGCCCAAGACAUCAACUUGCAUGGGAUGGGGGGUCUAAUGUGGUUUCGGCUCUAUUUACUUGCAUGUGUUUCCUUCUUCAGCUAUGUUCCAAUUUUCUGCAUCAUGGGUUGGCGAGUUCUAGUGUGUGUCCAUCGAAUACAUGUCUUUACCACUAAAAACUUUCUCACUCAGCGUUUUCCGAAUGUACUUAUACUAUUCAAAGAAACAUGUUCACUCAUCAAAGUUGCCAAACAGAACAUGAUUCAAAAAGUCUGGAAUAUACGAAAUUUUCAAAUGGUGGGCACUGGAAGAAGAAGAUGGUGCGUAGAUUCAUUUUCAUGUGAUUAUUUUAACUGCGUAUAGUCUUAUGAACAAAAAACUACGUCGUUUCGUAAUUUACUUGGCCAUUAACUGUGUUUUGUCUCAAAGCUUGGUUCCGAACUUCCAGUAGAUUUAACGUCUGUCUAUUUCCCAUCUUCUUCCCUCCUCUUACUCGCAUCUUCUCCGUCGGUACGAUCACACCUGAGAAUUCCGCCGACGAUUAAAUGGCGCUGGCGUCUAUCGGCGCGAUGUUCUCACUCCUAAUCUAUCUCUCUCUUCCAUGUUCAAAUGCGGCUGCUGAAAACAUUCUCCACCAAUCUCCUCCUCCCGCGGACGGAUCACGCCGUCCAAUGGUGUUCCCGUUGUUUCUCUCUCAACCCAAUUCUUCGAGAUCCAUGUCUCUUCUCCAUCGAAAGCUCCACUCAAAAUCACUCCCUCACUCUCGCAUGAGACUCUACGACGAUAUUCUACUUAACGGGUAUUACACGACGCGUCUAUGGAUCGGUACACCCCCACAGAUGUUUGCUCUCAUAGUUGAUUCCGGCAGUACUGUCACUUACGUUCCUUGUUCCGACUGCGAACAAUGUGGCAAACAUCAGGACCCAAAGUUUCAGCCGGAGAUGUCCACCACGUACCAACCAGUGAAGUGCAACAUGGACUGUCACUGUGACGACGAUAAAGAACAAUGCCUUUACGAGCGUGAGUACGCCGAACACAGCAGUAGCAAAGGCGUCCUCGGAGAAGAUCUUAUAUCGUUCGGGAACGAAAGCGAGCUUACACCGCACCGAGCUGUUUUCGGUUGUGAGAAUGUGGAGACUGGUGAUCUCUACAGUCAACGUGCUGAUGGCAUUAUUGGGUUAGGACAGGGAGAUCUCAGUCUUGUUGAUCAGUUGGUGGAUAAAGGUUUGAUCAGCAACUCUUUUGCUUUGUGUUAUGGAGGGAUGGAUCUAGGUGGAGGCUCCAUGGUUCUUGGUGGGUUUUCUUACCCGUCUGAUAUGAUGUUCACUGACUCUGACCCUGACCGUAGUCCAUAUUACAAUAUAGAUCUGACGGGGAUACGUGUCGCUGGGAAGGACUUGUUGCUGGACUCGAGAGUGUUUGAUGGAGAACAUGGCGUUGUUUUAGAUAGUGGUACUACGUAUGCUUAUCUCCCUGACGCAGCGUUUUCAGCUUUUGAGGAAGCUUUAAUGAGAGAAGCUUCCCCAUUAAAGAAGAUUGAUGGCCCUGAUCCAAAUUUUAAAGAUACUUGUUUCCAUGUUGCUCCAAGCAACGAUGCCUCUGGACUUUCAACGAUAUUUCCAUCAGUGGAAAUGGUGUUUAAGAGUGGACAGUCAUGGCUGUUGUCCCCUGAAAACUACUUGUUUCGACAUUCCAAGGUGCAUGGUGCAUACUGUCUUGGUGUAUUCCCAAAUGGUAAAGAUCAUACAACUCUUUUAGGAGGAAUUGUGGUUCGCAACACACUUGUUGUGUAUGAUCGUGAGAAUUCUAAGGUUGGAUUCUUGAGAACCAAUUGUUCUGAGUUAUCAGAUAGGCUUCAUAUUGAUGAUUCAGCACCACCACCUGCCACAUUGCCUUCAAAUGAUUCAAAUCCAACCCUCAACACAUCAAGCAGUCUCCCAGGAGGGGAGAUUCAGAUUGGUCAAAUAAACCUUGAUAUCCAACUAACAGUCAAUUCGUCAUAUCUGAAACCUCGCAUGGAAGAGCUCUCCAAGGUAUUAUCCAAGGAGCUGGAUGUCAAAUCUUCACAGGUCUAUAUAUCGAACCUCACCUCCAAAGGAAACAACUCUCUCAUUAGAGUAGUUGUCGUUCCUACUGAACCUUCUAGUUUAUUCUCCAAUGUCACAGAAACGAGCAUAGUUUCUCGGUUUACCAAUCAUCAAAUCAAGCUUCCUGACAUCUUCGGAAACUAUGAGCUCGUUAGUUACACACUCGAGCCUUCAAGAAAACGGGCAAGAUGGGUGAUGAAAAACACCAUUGUGGUGAUGGCAAUAUUGAUCGUUGCUGUAGUUGUUGGCUUAAUAGCUUAUGGAGUCUGGUUGAUGUGGAAACGCAAACAAGCAUCAAAUCCAUAUAUACAUGUAGAUGAAGCCAUAGUCGCUGAGCAAGAGCUGUUACCUUUAUAAAAAAAUAACCCUCGUAAUACCUUGUUUUCCUCAACCUUAUCAUACAAACUGUUUGGUCUUUACUCAAAAGACAGGACACCAACUGUCUUUUAUUUUUAUGGCAAAGGAUACCAACUGUCUUUAUGAUCUUUUUUUGCUUAGUAAAUAAUACCAAGUUUACUACUUGUAUACCCUUUUCACUACUGUCUCGCUCUCUCAUGUAAAAGAUU